AUGGUCAAGUUCAUCAAGGCUGGUAAAGUUGUUGUUCUCUUGCAGGGUCGUUACGCUGGCAAGAAGGCCGUUGUCGUUCGCAACCACGAUGAGGGUACCAAGGACAGACCCUAUGGCUACGCUGUCGUUGCCGGUGUCGAGCGCACCCCCUUGAAGGUCACCCGUGCUAUGGGUAAGAAGAAGGUUGCCAAGCGCUCCCGCGUCAAGCCCUUCAUCAAGAUCAUCAACUACAACCACAUGAUGCCUACUCGUUAUGCUCUUGAUCUCGAUGCCAUCAAGGGUACCGUUGCUUCCGAGACUUUCAAGGACCCUGCUCAACGUGAGGAGGCUAGAAAGGUCAUCAAGAAGCUCUUCGAGGAGAGAUAUCAGACCGGCAAGAACAAGUGGUUCUUCAACAAGCUCAGAUUCUAA